AUGUCAAUUGUGUAUCGUGUGAUACCAUUAGUACUUUUUCUUUUCGUCUAUAUUGUUGGUCUUAUCGGCAAUGGACUUUUAAUAUUUAUAGUAUUUCGCCAAAAGAAUUUACGGACCGUGCCAAACUUACUCGUUGUUAGUUUGGCAAUGGGAGACUUUCUAUUUGUUUUAUUUUGUGUACCAUUCGGAGCUGUCGCUUAUUCAUUGGAAUAUUAUCCGUUUUCAACGUUUUAUUGUCGUUUUGAAAAUUUUAUUAUUAAUCUUUCGCUUGGUGUUUCUGUGUUUUCUUUAUUAGCAUUGAGUGCCGAUCGUUAUAAAAUAAUUGUUAAACCAUUUUCAAGCCAUGCUAGUGACCCAGCAAACAAAUUGAAAACAAUUGUUAUAUCAAUUUGGUUCUUGUCUGUACUUCUUGCUUUGCCAGAAACAAUCUAUAGUGGCAUUAUCACUGACACAAUAACUGAAGCAAAUAAUAAAACAAUUAACUUAGUUUAUUGUUGGAGCCCCAAUGAAAGCGAAUUACUUUCUAAUCAUAGAUUUAUGAUUUCUCGACAAAUCUUACGUUUGAUUACUUAUUACAUAAUGCCACUUAUAUUUGUUUCCAUAUUUUAUAUACUUAUUGCAAAACGUUUAUUUCAAGCCAAGAGUGCCAUAUUAACACCAAUGUCAACACAAUCAUUUGUAAAUGAAAUAUCGAACGCAAAACGAGGACAAAUAAAUAGCAAACCAACAAAAACAAUAUCGAGCAGUACUCUUUCAAAUAAAAGUAACCUUCAAGAACAGCGGCGUCAAAAUGAAAUAAUUAGUAGUAAUUAUAAAAAAAAUCUUUCAAAACAUUCAAUAACACUUGAUAAUGAUGAAUUAUUAAAUUUGCGCGAAUCAUCAUCGUCAUCAUCGCGAACAGCAUCCUUAAGAAAUAGUACACAACGCAAUAGAGAACCCAUAUUUAAUAGUCCAACUAUAAAUAAUAAUAAUAAUAAUAAUAAUAAUAAUAUAGCUCUUCAUACAUUAUAUCGACAUGCCAAAGUAAAAAAGCAGCUGCGAGCACGACAUAAAGUUGCUAAAACUGUCCUCUUUCUAUGCUCAGUCUUUUUUAUAUGUUGGUUACCAAAGCAAAUUCAUGAUUUAUACUGGUUUAUUGGUGUAUUGGUUUAUUCGGCACCUUGGAAUCACUAUUGGCAAUUUAAUAAAACAUUAGCACUUAUUUUUUCUUAUACUUACUCAUGUAUCAAUCCGUUUGCUCUUUAUUUUCUUUCAACAACAUUCCGUCAUUUUUAUAAACGUUAUUUAUUCUUUUGGACAAAUACACCAUGCUGUUCAAAAGGUCAUCUAGCUAAUCAUAUGCAACAACAUCGUACUGGUGAUAAUGUAACGUUUAUUGAAUAUCAACGUAAUUCAUCUGCAAAUAAUGUAGCAAAUAUUUAUUGCGAUUUAAACCGAAUGAAAAAUUCAAGUUCUUUUCAACAAAAGCAAAACCUCAUGAGAAUGAAUCAAUAUUUAUCUUCUGAUGUACCAAGCACAGAAAAUGGUCCUCAAAUCAAUGGAGCUUCUUAUCCAUCAGUUACAAUAAAUCCAUGUUAA